AUGUGGCCCCUGCCCGCUGUGAUCACUUCCCUGACCGUGGCCUUGUCAGGAGGCAUCUCUCAGGAGUAUCCCAAGAUCCUCAAUGGCACUAAUGGAACUGGUGGGUUUCUCCCAGGUGGCUACACCUGCCUCCCUCACUCUCAGCCCUGGCAGGUAGCCCUCCUAGUGCAAGGGCGGCUACUGUGUGGGGGCGUCCUCGUCCACCCCAGAUGGGUCCUCACCGCAGCACACUGUCUGAAGGAAGGGUACAGAGUCUACCUGGGCAAGCAUGCCCUGGGGCGUGUGGAGACCGUGAGUUACCCCAAAACCCUACAAUGUGCCAACAUCCAGCUACGCUCAGAUGAAGAGUGUCGUCAAGUCUACCCAGGGAAGAUCACUCCCAACAUGCUGUGUGCUGGCUCAAAAGAGGGUGGCAAGGACUCCUGUGAGGGUGACUCCGGGGGCCCCCUGGUCUGUAAUGGAACACUCCAUGGCAUCGUCUCCUGGGGAGACUUCCCAUGCGGGCAGCCCAACCGGCCUGGCGUCUACACCCGAGUCUCACAGUACGUUCCUUGGAUCCAUGAAACAAUCCGAAAACACAAAACUCUGGAGCAGAAAUGGACAAAGGACCCAUGAUAAAAGUGAAUUUGGCUGCUUCCUUCCUCCCACCACAGCCUGCGCACUGCUCAGCCCUUCUCCGACCCUUCUUCCUGAAGUGUUCUGUUUGAACCAGUGAUCUGUGCUCUCAAAGAUGUCCAGUCUCAGCUGGCAUCCCAUGUUUCAGCAGCAUUCAGUCAGUGCCAGCCUUGAAGUCCCCCAGAUGUUGCAUCCCUGGAACAUCCCAAUAACCUGAAUGCCCCAACUCAGGCAAUGUCCCGGGUCUCCAAACAACAUCAACAAGGCACCGCAAGUCCAGAUCACUGCCUGAAUGGUCUAACUGUGGCCACAUUCCUGCGUACCUCCAUCACCCAUCUCAACAAAUCCUAUGUCCUAUGAAUAGACCUUCCUUGGCAACAUCCUACAACCCUUUAAAUAUUUAUUCAUUGCCAAUAUUCUAGGUUCUUCUACAUUUUGAACUCAAAAAAAGAUUCUAGACGCCCAUGAUAUUUCACCCUGAAAAUAUUCUCUUGGGCCCAGACUGUUCUGCCCCAACAACAUUCUAUGCACUUCUUAGUGAUUCAUCACAGGUAACACUGGAUCCUCAGAAUCGUUCACACUCACACUGUUCUGGGUCUUCCAGAUGUCCUGACCCAACCUACAUCCCACAUUCUGCCAACACUUCACCUCUGCCAACAUUCCCUUACUCUGAAUUCCCAGUCCCACUAAUGAUCGACAGCAUUCUAAUGUCAAUAGUAAGGGGGUUCGGUAAGGGGGCCUGCAGUAAAGGGCCUCACUGCUGGACCAUAUUGUCCACCAAAUAUUUUGUCUUGUAUCUCCUCCACGAACAUCCUUGUUCAAUGUCCCUUGCUGUUACAUCUUUGCCAGUGACCUCAAAAUCUAGCAGUUAGGUGCUCAGACACUGGAGUCCCUGCUUUAUGCAAGUCUCUGCUUUGGACAAGUCAUAAAACUCAUGGACACACUGAUUUCUCAUCUGUAAAAUGGGCUUAUAAUUUUUCCCCAUAGCAUUGUUACAAGGAUAAAUGUCAAGCACUUACCACUGUUGUUAUAUGCAUGGUUGCCUAUAAAAUAUUACCUUAGAAUGUCAAUAACAACCCUUCACAUUUGCAGAGUGUCCAAAAAGGUGCUGCAUUCCUUUACUUUCCUCAGCAUACAUUAUUCAGUGCUGACCAUAUGCAGGCAAUCUCCUGGGUGUUGAUAAAUACAAUUUUGUUUACUAAUUCGACAAAUACUGUUAACCUGUCUGCACUGUUGCAGACACAGAUGAUAAGCAGUGAAUUAAACA